AUGCCCCGGAUCGGGGUCCUCCUGCUCCUGAUACUUGCCAUUCGCGCUGAAUCGACUAAAGAUAAUUCCCCAGUGACUAAUACCUACUCUGAGCCGUUGAAACAGAGUAAGAACAUUACCAAAAGGGAGUCCGGGUGUCCGGAAGGCCAACAGCGUCAGGGCAGUUUCUGCUGCCUGCCAUGUCUUCCUGGUGAACGGAAAAAGGAAGACUGCAAAGCUCAUGGGGACAAACUAGUCUGUGAGCCCUGCCAGGAAGGGAAGGAAUACACAGACAAGGAACAUUUUUCUUCUACAUGCAGAAGAUGCGGGAUUUGUGAUGGAGAACAUGGCUUCGAAGUGGAAAAAAACUGUACCAAGACCCAGAAUGCCAAGUGCAGAUGUAAACCAAACUAUUUUUGUAAGACUCCACCAUGUGAACACUGUGACCCUUGCCGCACGUGUAAACAUGGAAUCAUUGAGGAUUGCACAGCAACCAGUGACACCAGAUGUAAAGAAGGAUCCACAUCUCACUUACACUGGGCGUGGCUCCUGCUCCUGGUUCCAAUAGCUGCACUAUUUUGGGGGGUGAAAAAAUGGCGUCGGAAUCAUAAUCAUCCUGAACCUACACCUCCAGAUACUGAAAAUCCCCCAGUGAUUAUUACUUCAGACAUUGACUUGACUGACUACAUUAGCAUUAUUGCUGAUAUAAUGACAAUAAAUGAAGUUAAAGAUUUUGUUCGGAAGAAUGGUCUCAAAGAAGCCAAAAUAGAUGAAAUCAAGAAUGACAAUCUCCAAAAUACAGCUGAACAGAAAGUCCAGCUGCUCCGUAAUUGGUAUCAAGUUCACGGGAAGAAGGAUGCAUAUGACACUUUGAUUACAGGUCUCAAAAAAAGCAAACUUUGUAGUAGCGCAGAAAAAAUUCAAGAUAUAAUCCUAAAGGACAUUGCUAGUAAACGUGAAAAUACUAAUGUCACAAAUGAAAAUGAAAGCCACAAGUUUCUCUAA